AGGCUUCAGUAUUGCAGGAGGUGUGGGGAACCAACACAUUCCUGGAGACAACAGUAUUUAUGUAACUAAAAUUAUAGAUGGAGGAGCUGCACAAAAAGAUGGAAGGUUGCAAGUAGGAGACAGACUACUAAUGGUAAACAACUACAGUUUAGAAGAAGUAACACAUGAAGAGGCUGUAGCAAUAUUGAAGAACACAUCGGAUGUAGUUUAUCUAAAAGUUGGCAAACCCACCACCAUUUAUAUGACUGAUCCUUAUGGUCCACCUGAUAUUACUCACUCUUAUUCUCCAUCGAUGGAAAACCAUCUACUCUCUGGCAACAAUGGCACUUUAGAAUAUAAAACCUCCCUGCCACCCAUCUCUCCAGGAAGGUAUUCACCAAUUCCAAAGCACAUGCUUGUUGAAGACGACUACACCAGGCCUCCGGAACCUGUUUACAGCACUGUGAACAAACUGUGUGAUAAGCCUGCUUCUCCCAGGCACUAUUCCCCUGUUGAGUGUGACAAAAGCUUCCUUCUCUCAGCUCCCUACCCCCACUACCACCUAGGCCUGCUCCCCGACUCUGAGAUGACCAGUCAUUCCCAACACAGCACUGCAACCCGUCAGCCUUCAGUGACUCUCCAACGGGCCAUCUCCCUGGAAGGAGAGCCCCGCAAGGUGGUCCUGCACAAAGGCUCCACUGGCCUGGGCUUCAAUAUUGUGGGCGGAGAAGAUGGAGAAGGUAUUUUUGUAUCCUUUAUUCUGGCUGGCGGACCAGCAGACCUAAGUGGGGAACUCCAGAGAGGAGACCAGAUCCUAUCGGUGAAUGGCAUUGACCUUCGUGGAGCAUCCCAUGAACAGGCAGCUGCUGCAUUGAAGGGAGCUGGACAGACGGUGACGAUUAUAGCACAAUAUCAACCUGAAGGUCAGUCAGAACCCAGACAUAUAAAGUUCCGAUAUGUCUCUGUGAAUGUGUACUCACAUUACUGAUCACCUGUAUUAACCAGAGUUACCACCAAUAACGUUUUUUGAAACUACUUAUGGUGAAAAUUUGAUGGUUCAAGUCCAAAGAACAUGAGGCUUCAUUUCCCCUAAUCUUCCAGGAAAACAUCAGGCAGUUAGAAAGGCCUGUAUGAAAAUAUGAAUUCAAAUAAACAGUAAACAGCAUC